GGUAGGGUGGUGGGGUACGUCUUUACUCAUGCCAUACCCUAUACCCGAUCAGAUAUCCUAGUUCGUGUGUACUAAGCUAGUUUGCUCUAUAUUCCAGAAAACGAUUUCCAUGGAGGCCGAGACUACGACGGCCCCAAAACCCCUACACGCCGUCGUUUUUCCCAUCCCUCUACAGGGCCACGUCAUCCCAGCUGUAAACUUGGCAAUCAGACUAGCAACAAAGGGGUUCACCAUCACAUUCGUCAACACUCAAUUGAUCCACCACCAAAUCACUAAAUCUCUCCCCAACCCCAACACCACCCAAAACGACAUCGAUGACGAAGUCGUUGACAUCUUCUCUGGGGCACGCGAGGCUGGUCUAGAUAUUCGGUACAGAACGGUUAGCGAUGGCUUUCCCUUAUCUUUCAAUAGAAUGCUUAACCAUGACCAGUACUUACGUGAGGGUCACAUGGGUGUUUUGCCGAUCCAUAUGGACGAACUCGUCCGAGAACUAGUCGAAUCGGCUGAUCCAACGGUUUCUGUUUUGAUCGCCGACACUUUCUUCGGUUGGCAAUCUAAUAUAGCAAAGAAAUACGACCUUGUUUCUGUGUCGUUUUGGACCGAGCCUGCCAUAGUUUUCUCUCUCUACUAUCACUUGGACCUCCUCAAAGUAAAUGGUCACUAUGGCGCAUUUCACGAUAAUAGAGAGGAUAUUAUUGAUUACAUUCCGGGGGUCAAGGCUAUCGAGCCAAAUGACUUACCCUCCUACCUUCAAGAACUUGAUGUCUCCACGAUUAUGCACGGAGUCAUAAACAACGCAUUCGAAGGUGUGAAAAGGGCAGAUAUGAUUCUCUGUAACACUGUUCAUGAGCUUGAGUUUGAGCCUAUUUCGACCAUACAAAAGAGACAGCCUAUGUACGCAAUUGGCCCACUCAUUUCAUCAGGGUCCACUAAUUCUCUUGUGCCAAUGAGCAUCAAGCCUGUGUCAAGUUGUACCCAGUGGCUCAACUCCAAGCUCCCUAAUUCGGUCUUGUACAUCUCAUUCGGUAGCUUUGUUCUUUGUGGAAAGAAAGAUAUUGAUGAAAUUGCUUACGGGCUUUUGCUUAGCAAAGUGAAUUUUAUAUGGGUUCUUCGUCCUAAUGUUGUGAGUUAUGCAGAACCUUACGUUUUACCAAAUGGGUUUGAAGAUGAGAUCAAAGAUAGGGGUUUAAUCGUGACAUGGACCAAUCAGAUUGAAGUGAUUUCACAUUAUGCAAUAGGAGGAUUUUUAACACAUUGUGGUUGGAAUUCGGUCUUGGAAAGUUUGUGGUAUGGUAUCCCAAUGUUGUGUUUUCCGUUGAUGACUGAUCAGUUAACAAAUAGGAAGUUGUUAGUUGAUGAUUGGAGAAAUGGGGUCAACCUUUGUGAUAAGAAGCCAGUGAAUAGGUUUGAAGUUGCAGAGAAGAUCGACCAUUUGAUGUGUGGAAAAUCAACUAAAGAAUUGAGGGAGAGGACAACAAAGGUGAAGCAGAUGAUGAAGAAUGGCUUAACUCUAGAUGGAUCGUCAGAGAAAAAUUUGAGUCGAUUCAUUAGUGAUGUGAAGAUUAAAAUUAGUGACCGAUCAAUAAUGUAAAGUGUUUGAUUUUUGUUAAAAUAAAGAGGCAUGCUUCGAUCUUAAAAGAGGACUUCAUCAGAUAUCUAUACUAUUAGUAAAAGAGGACAUAAGCAGCUCUCCGUUCAUUAUUUUUCCUAAUUUCAUCCCUAUAAUUUUUUAUAUUUUACUUUUUAUGUUAUAAUAAAUUUAUGUAAUAUGCCAUUUAAACAGGGUUAUUUAAGUAAUUUAAAAUAUAUUUUUUUGGACAGUA